AUGGAGGGCUCAGCACAGAGCGAAGUGAGCGCAGCCGCCCUCGCGCACUUCACGUGCAGCGGGCAGCAGAGGAGCGAGUUUUGGAACCGGACCGGCGAAUCUGGAUUUGCCCAGUUUUUGACCGGCGAUUGGCGUCUCAUUUACACGACCGGUACGAAGAAGACAGAGGAUGAUAUCGGUCGCAUCAACUAUGUGCCGAUCACAGCAGUGCAGCGGUUCGACAUGGAGAAGAAGUUCAUCCGGAACGGAGUCUACCUCGGGCCCAUCUCAAUCGAAUUUGAAGGGAGCCUCCGCUGGCUUGAAGAUCAGCGGAGAUUGGAGUUCGACUUUGAGGAGCUUAAAGUCUGCGGAGCGAGCCUGUCCCUGCCAGAUUGGCUUCGCAGUAUGGCGGGUAUGAAGAGUUCAGCACCUUGGAUGGGCAGUGUCAGAAGAUAA